CCCGCCCCCCAUUGUGCUUUGUCUCGUGGGAGUAAAUGUAGAGUUGUAUUCACAGAAUUCCAAUAAUUGAUUACUCGAGCAUGGUUUGAUUACAUUUCAAAUACCCAUUUCUGGGGUUUCCAUUUUCUUCUUGCUUAAUUUGUUUCUCUCUGCCGCUCCAUUCUUCUUUUUCUUUCUCCAAGAAACGUUCGCCGUUUAAGGAAGAAUCAUGAAGCCUGGACGUAGCUCGCACGAGGGUGUGAUGAAGCCCCGCAACGUGGAUUACGAAAUUGCCCCUGAAAGCGUUGAAUUAAGAAGGUCUUCGACUCUUAAUGGUGAAAAACGUGCAGUCGCAUCACAUACUGCCGUGCAUGAACUGCUCGAAUGCCCUGUUUGUAUGGACGUAAUGUACCCUCCAAUUAACCAGUGUCCAAACGGCCACACUUUAUGCUCCAAGUGCCAGUCGAAAUUACGUAGCUGCCCGAUUUGCCGUCAAGCGCUCGGAAACAUAAGGUGCUUGGCGCUCGAGCGAGUUGCUGAGUCACUUGAAAUGCCGUGCAAGUAUCAGAUUAUGGGCUGUCAAGAUAUAUUCCCCUAUCACAGCAGACUGAGGCACGAGAGGAAUUGUCUAUUUCGCCCUUACAAUUGCCCUUACGCUGGAGCUGAAUGCCCCGUCACUGGAGAAAUCCCGUUUCUUUUGGCGCAUCUCAAGAGUCACCACAAAGUUGAUGUACAUGAUGGCUCUACUUUUAACCACCGAUAUGUGAAGACUAAUCCGCAAGAUGUUGAUAAUGCCACCUGGAUGCUGACUGUAUUCAAUUGUUACGGUUACCAGUUCUGCUUGCACUUCGAGGCAUUCAACAUAGGUUCCGCGCCGGUCUACAUGGCGUUCAUCCGUUUCAUGGGGGACGACCGUGAUUCUAGAAAGUUCCGUUACAGCCUGGAAGUCGGUGGAAGCGGGAGAAAGCUGACGUGGCAAGGAAUUCCCAGGAGCAUUCGAGACACUCAUGUAAAAGUCCGCGAGAGUAUGGAUGGGCUGAUCAUACAGAGGAGCAUGGCUCUGUUUUUCUCCGGAGGCAACGGGCAAGAACUUAGGCUGAGAAUCGGAGGGCGUAUUUGGAAAGAACAAGCGUAAAACGAAGAAGAACAUAAGCCAAAAAACGAGAAAAAAAAAAAAACAAAACUAUUUUGUUAUAAUUGAAGGAUCGAAAUUGAUGAUAUACAUACAUGUGAAUAGAACAUUUCUCAUGGGUUUGGUUUUUAAGGCUCUCUGCUCUUUUGUUUUUACUGUAAAGAAAAAUUGAACUACAGAAUUUGAUGCUCCAUUGACUGAUUAAUUAACCUUAAUAGUUGUCUGAAGAAUUACUUUGGGACAAAAUGGUACUUUUGGUGAAGCUAUAGUGAAAAGGAUAAAGUGUUUUCUGA